AUUAUGCUUUUCCGGCUUGUCUUUUGGUGUUGGGUUUCAACGUUGAACACACCCUAUAGCCACAAGGGCAUUUGGGUAAUCAGCGUUGAUGGCACAGGACACACUGAAGCCAACCAAGAUCUAUCCAGGUUUGUUUUCUAUGUAAACAAACAAGUGGGUGUCUUCCUUCCCAACAACCCCCAUCAAUUUAGAUAAAGUAUUAAGGAAAAGUCAAACCAUAUGUAAACUGUCAAGUUGAUCAUGGUGGUGCCUCAGUCUUUAAUUCGCUUUAAGUUAUGGUGCCUCUGUCUUUAAAUCAAUGAGUUGAAAACAAGUUGUCAAAAAAGCCUUGUGAAAGAGAGACGGAGAGAGAAAGCAAAUUGAAACAUAUUCAUUUCUGGAGCAGAGCUGAAGAGAGUUGAAGUGGAGAGAGAGAGAGAGAGAGUUGAGUUUAAAAAAGGGGGGAGAGAGAUUGGAAAAUGAUCUCCCUUCUGGAAGCUGAAUAUAAAAAUUUUGGUCUAUAGAGAGAGAGAGAGAGAGAGAGAGAGAGAGAGAGAGAGAGAGCAUAUAGAUGGGCUAAUAAUGGAGAUACAUAACAGAUAGAAGCUAGAGUGGUUGGAUUGGCAGAAUGCUAAUAUUCCAGUGAACUUUUAGUUUGUAAACAAUCCUUCAGCAUUUCUCAAGUCAAUGCAACACUGUUGCUAAUUGGACCCUGUUGAAGUAGAUUAAAGGGAGAGAUGUUAUAAAGAGAGAUACCUGCUUUCCUCUCACUCACUCUCUCUCUCUCUCCUUUCUCUCUUGGUGUAGUGAUGGGUGGUGUUCUAGCCAUUGGGUUUCUGCUUUGCAACUUGCUGCUGCUUUUUGAUACUUCAUUUUCACAUCCUUUAUGCAUUGAUUCAAGGGCACCUUCUACCCUGAGUAGCCCACUCAAAUUUUGUUCUUACAAUGAAACCGCUUGCUGCAACUCCACAGAAGAUUUACAAAUACAGAAACAAUUCCAAACCAUGAACAUCUCCAAUUCUGGCUGUGCUUCUCUCUUAAAAUCAGUACUUUGUGCGAGGUGCGAUCCAUUUUCGGGUGAGCUUUUUACAGUUGAUUCUGUGCCCCGGCCAGUUCCUCUACUUUGCAACUCCACUGUUUCAGCAAAUUCAUCCCAGUCUAUCCAAGAAGUGAAUGAUUUUUGCUCUAACAUAUGGGACACAUGCCAAAAUGUGUCCAUAUUGAACUCUCCCUUUGCCCCUUCAUUACAAGGCCAAGCUGGAUUGCCUGUCAAGUCCAAUGUUAGUGAGCUAACCAAACUCUGGCAAUCGAAAGCCGAUUUCUGCAAUGCAUUUGGUGGAGCCUCUAGUGAUGGAUCAGUAUGUUUUGGUGGUGAACCUGUCACUCUAAAUGAUUCUGGAACUCCAAUCCCCCCACAUGGUUUGUGCCUCGAGAAAAUUGGAAAUGGAUCUUACCUCAAUAUGGUUGCUCAUCCUGAUGGCUCUAACCGCGCAUUUUUCUCCAGUCAACAAGGCAAGAUUUGGUUGGCAACUAUUCCUGAAGAGGGAUCAGGAACAGCAAUGGAGCUUGAUGAAUCCAGUCCCUUUGUGGAUCUAACUGAUGAAGUUCAUUUUGAUACUGCAUUUGGAAUGAUGGGUAUGGCAUUUCAUCCCAACUUCGCGCAAAAUGGCCGGUUCUUUGCUUCAUUCAACUGUGAUAAGGAGAAGUGGCCAGGAUGCACAGGAAGAUGUUCAUGUAAUUCAGAUGUCAAUUGUGAUCCUUCAAAAAUAGGUUCUGAUAAUGGUGCUCAACCGUGCCAAUACCAAACUGUUAUAGCAGAGUAUUCUGCUAAUGGUACAGCAUCCCAGCCUUCCUUGGCAACAAGUGCCAAACCAUCAGAAGUAAGAAGGAUAUUUACUAUGGGCCUCCCCUUCACAGCUCAUCAUGGAGGACAGAUACUCUUUGGACCGGAAGAUGGGUACUUAUACCACAUGAUGGGGGAUGGUGGGGGUACAGGUGAUCCAUACAACUUCUCUCAAAACAAGAAAUCCUUGCUUGGGAAGAUUAUGAGGCUUGAUGUCGAUAACGUACUAAGCGAGGCAGAAAUUGAUAAACUUGUUUUAUGGGGAAACUACUCCAUCCCCAAAGACAAUCCAUUCUCAGAAGAUCCAGAAUUGAGGCCAGAAAUUUGGGCUUUAGGACUAAGAAAUCCUUGGCGCUGCAGUUUCGAUUCUGCUAGGCCUUCCUACUUUAUAUGCGCAGACGUUGGGCAGGAUCUACAUGAAGAGGUGGAUGUUAUCACCAAGGGUGGAAACUAUGGCUGGAGUUUUUACGAGGGCCCAUAUGUUUUCACUCCUCCAAAGUCACUUGGUGGAAAUACAUCCAGAAAACCUACAGACCCCAUUUUCCCUAUAAUGGGAUACAACCAUUCUGAAGUAAACAAGAAAGAAGGAUCAGCAUCUAUAACCGGCGGCUAUAUCUACCGGUCUGAGACUGAUCCAUGCAUGUUUGGAAGGUACGUGUAUGGAGACUUGUAUGCUGGUGCCAUAUGGGCAGGCUCUGAGGACCCAGAAAACAGUGGCAACUUCAGCUCAAGCAAGAUUCCUUUCAGCUGUGGACGCGACUCUCCGAUAGCUUGCAGCUCUGUCCCGGACAGCAGCCUUCCAGCUCUAGGUUACAUCUUCUCAUUCGGGGAGGACAACCGAAAAGACAUCUUCAUUCUAGCCAGCAGUGGUGUUUACAGAGUUGUUCGUCCUAGCCGUUGCAACUACACUUGCUCCAAGGAAAAUGUCACUGCUGUUGCAACCCCAGGACCUAAUGGUUCACCUAGUUCCCAUGCUACAUGGUUAUCAAGCAACCCAUCCAAGAAUGUAGUGCUCCUAUUUUCUUCUCUAGUGUUGCUUCUCCUCAGUUUUGUCUAAGUAUUACUAACUGCAGCAUCUGAUGCUGGUGUUUUGUACCAUAAAGACUUCUCUUUGUAAUUAUAUGUUCUUAAUGAAAAUAAAGAUUUUAAUUUAAAGAAA